AUGUAUAUCAAGCAAAUCAUCAUCCAGGGCUUCAAGAGCUACAAGGAGCAGACCGUGAUCGAACCCUUUUCGCCAAAGACAAACGUCAUCGUCGGUCGCAAUGGCUCCGGCAAGAGCAACUUCUUCGCCGCCAUGCGCUUCGUCCUCAGCGACGCCUACACGCAGAUGAGCCGCGAAGAGCGCCAGGGCCUGCUGCACGAGGGCUCGGGCUCGGCCGUCAUGUCCGCCUAUGUCGAGAUCAUCUUCGACAACAGCGACGAUCGCUUCCCCACCGGAAGCAAAGAGGUCGUCCUGCGGCGCACCAUCGGCCUUAAGAAGGAUGAAUAUUCCGUCGAUCGCAAAGUCGUCACAAAAGCCGACGUAAUGAACCUACUGGAAGCCGCCGGAUUCUCUCGAUCCAACCCUUACUACAUCGUCCCUCAGGGUCGCGUCACGGCCUUGACAAACAUGAAGGAAUCAGACAGGCUGAACCUGCUGAAGGAGGUCGCGGGCACCCACGUCUACGAGACUCGCCGCGCCGAAUCGCUCAAGAUCAUGAACGAGACUAAUAACAAGCGUGAGAAAAUCGACGAGCUCCUCGAAUACAUCAAGGAGAGGCUGAGCGAGCUUGAGGAGGAAAAGGAAGAGCUGCGAGGGUUCCAGGAAAAGGACCGAGAAAGGCGGUGUCUCGAGUACGCCUAUCACCACAGGGAGCAGAUGACCAUCCAGUCCACUCUCGAAGAUAUCGACAGCGCCAGACAAGAUGGGCUCGACAACACAGACUCGAACCGCUCCGAGUUCAUAGACGGCGAGAAGGCAAUCUCGAGAUUCGACGCCGAAAUCCACAACCUGCAGCGCGAAAUCGAACUGUUGCAAAUCGACAGGCGCCAGCACGAGGAGGACCGCCGAGACUCCGCAAAGGCUCUCGCAAAAAUCGAGCUCAAGGCCAAGAACUUAAAGGAAGGACACUCGGCGCAAGAGCAAGCCCAAGCGCAGCAUUCCGAAGAGCUGGAGUCUGUCCGAGCCGACAUAGCUGCCAAGGAAUCCGAGCUGGCGAGCAUCCUACCCGAGUUCAGCAAGAGGAAGCAGGAGGAGGAUGGAGCCAGGCGGCAGCUGGACGCGGUCGAGGCGUCGAGGGCGCGUCUCUUCGCUAAGCAAAGCCGUGGCUCCCGAUUUAAGAACAAGGCAGAGCGCGACAACUGGCUGAGACAAGAGAUCAGCGAGCUCGACUUGACCAUUAGUGCGCAAAAAGCGAACAAGCUCGAGGCCGACGAAGAGGUCGCAAGGGUUCAGAAAGCCAUUGGUGAUAGCGAGCAGGAAAUCGCGGACAUUAGGUCGCGCCUUGCUAACUGGAGCGGCGACCGGAAUCAGCUCGCCGAGCAAGUCUCGCAAGCGAGGCUCACCCUGGACAAGCUCAACGACGAACGAAAACUCAUUCGCCGCGAGGACGACAAGCUCAGCUCCGUCAUAGCGAACGCGCGGCAAGAAAAAGAACAGGCGGAGCGAGAGCUGGCACAGGCCGUCGAUGGGGGAACUGCUCGUGGCCUGGCUACCAUUCGCCGCCUGAAGCAGGAUCAGGAUAUUCCUGGCGCAUACGGCACGCUGGCCGACCUUCUCGAGGUCGGCGAUGCGUACAGAUUGCCCGUUGAACAGACUGCGGGCGCCAGCUUGUUCCACUACGUCGUCGACAACGCCGACACUGCGACCUCCCUGGCCGACACGCUGUACAGGCAGCGUGGGGGCCGAGUAACGUUUAUGCCCCUGGCGCAGCUUCGACCACGCCAGGUGAAUCUGCCGAGGUCCAACGACGCCGUUCCCCUGAUCAGCAAAAUCACAUACGAUUCCAGAUUCGAAAAGGCAUUCCAGCAGGUUUUCGGGAAGACCGUUGUUUGCCCAAACCUGGCGGUUGCCGGCCAGUAUGCACGAAGCCACGGUGUCGAUGGCAUCACUGCCGAAGGCGACACAACAAACAGGAGAGGCGCCAUGACUGGAGGCUACAUAGAUCCUCGCAAGUCACGGCUCGAAGCCGUCCAGGCCGCCAGCAAAUGGCGGGAAGAGUACGAAAGGCUGAUUGCGCUAUCACGCGACAUCCGCAGUCAAAUCGAGCGCAAAGACCAGGAAAUCACAGGCGCCAUGUCAGAGGUGCAGAAGCUCGAGCAGAAGCUGCGGCAGGCCGAGGACGGUUUCGAGCCGCUCAAGUACGAGCUCAGGAACAAGUCGGCGCACGUGGAAAAUGAAAGGACCCAUCUCGACUCUGCCAUGAAGCGACGUGACGCCGUUGAGAAGAACAUGAACGGCUUCAUGGAGGAAGUCACGGCGCACGAAGCCGAGAUAGGUACAGAGUUCAAAAAGAGUCUCACUGCGGCCGAGGAGAGGCAGCUGGAGGAAAUGAGCGGCCGGGCGCAGGAGCUUCAGAAGCAGUGGAACGACGUGAGCAACGCACGCAGACGGCUCGAGAGGACGAAGCAACUUCUCGAAGUCGACCUGCGCCAGAAUCUCCAGAUGAAACUCGACCAGCUCAACAGCCAGGCUUUUGAGAACUCUGCGUCCGGUGCGACGGCAGGAGGGAUGAAAGAGGCGCAGAGAGAGCUGAAGAAGGCGCAGAAGACGCUGCGAGCCGUCGAGACGAGUCUCGAAGAAACCGAGGCCAAGAUGGAGGAGCUCAACGGCCGCUUGGAGCAGAUAUCGACAGACAGGGCGAAGCGCGAGCAGGCUGCCGAGUGUGCAAAGAACAUCCGGGAUCUCGGAGUGCUCCCGGAGGAGGCUUUUGACAAGUACGAGAACAUGGAGGCCAAAGUCAUCACAUCCAAGCUCAAGAGGGUCAACGAGGCCCUGAAGAAGUACAAGCACGUCAACAAGAAGGCGUUUGAGCAGUACAACAACUUCACCACCCAGCAGGACCACUUGAUGAAGCGGCGAAAAGAACUGGACGCUUCCCAGGGCUCCAUCGAGGAGCUCGUCGAGCACUUGGAUCGCCGGAAAGACGAGGCCAUCGAGCGAACGUUCAAGCAGGUGUCCAAGGAAUUCGCAACCAUUUUCGGAAAGCUGGUCCCCGCCGGCCACGGCCGCCUUGUGAUCCAGCGCAGGACCGACCGCCGCCAAGAACCGGAUGAGUCGGACGAGGAGGCACGAGGAAGUGUUGAGAACUACAUUGGCGUUGGCAUCAGCGUGUCCUUUAACUCGAAGCACCUGGAUGAGCAGCAGCGGAUUCAGCAGCUCAGUGGAGGCCAGAAGAGCUUGUGUGCGCUCUGCCUCAUCUUCGCGCUGCAGGCAACGGAGAGCAGCCCCAUGGUGAUUUUCGACGAGGUCGACGCCAACCUGGACGCCCAGUACCGAACCGCCGUCGCCGCUCUGCUCGAGUCGAUAUCCAACGAGAUCGGCACGCAGUUCAUCUGCACCACCUUCCGGCCCGAAAUCGUCCACGUCGCGGACAAGUGCUACGGCGUCACGUUUCGCAACAAAACGAGCAGCAUCAACUGCGUUAGCACCGAGGAUGCGCUCAACUUUGUCGAGGGACAGGCUAAGCCGACUUGA